AUUAAAUAAUUUUAAUAGUCUCAAGAAAAUUAUUUCGCGGACUCUGCCUUAAUUUUCAGUUAAUAAUCGUUCGAUCAGGUCGCCUACGAAACCAAAAGUGAAAAAAAAAACGUAUAUAUCCAGUGAGAGUGGGACGGGUUAAUCCUAGGUGAUUUCUUAUCUAGUGUGCCAUUUCAUUCAACUGAGUGUUGAGAGGCGGAGGUCGCCCGCAAGAACCAAUAAGACUGUCGUCAAAACGCCCGCGAAAUGUUAAAUUCGGUGUAGCUCUUCUGUGAAUCGGUUUAGUGACUUCUUAAUUGAUCAUCGAGCGAGAAUUCAAUUUGGGGCUGUUUAAAGAAGAUCGUUUUGCAGGUUUGUUUUGCCUUCGGCUUUUCAUACUUCGGUACCUAAUAUGAUUAUACAUUGAACGGUCAUCAUGAGGGCGAUAUUUCUACUAUUAAUGUCAGCAGUAUUAGUGAACAAUCAGCACCUGGGCGUCCAGUUGGGGGCGCCGAUACUGGGCGCCGCGCUGGGGGGUAAUCUGGAUCAUAUCGGCGGACAUAUAAGAAGGCCCCAUGGAGACCAUCCCGCCGACAGUGUCAUCGGGAGACAAAUAGAAGCCCACCUGCCAAGGUUUUCUUUGCAGGCUUUAGAGGAACCGAGAUACAUUCAGAAACAAAUCAAACAAUUGGUACCGGUUAGCUUGGAAGAUUUGCUGGAGGAAGAAUGGAAAGCGUUUAAGAUGACCUACAAUAAAGCGUACCCCUCCGCUGACGUAGAACGAUUCCGACGAGAGGUGUUUAUCGAGAAUCGGGCGAAAAUCGCCAGGUUCAAUCAGGAGUACAGUCAGGGCAGGCGGAACUAUGUGCAGCAACUCAACCCUUAUGGCGAUCUGCUGCACCACGAGUUCACCAACAUCCUGAACGGUUUCAACAGGUCCGGCCUGGCGAGACCCAGGAUACCCACUUCCACCACAUACAUACCUAGCGCAAAUGUCAAUUUACCAGCUAGCGUCGACUGGAGACAAGUCGGCGCUGUAGGACCGGUCAAAUCGCAGGGAAUGUGUGCUUGUUGCUGGGCGUUCGCUGCGGCAGGUGCUCUGGAAGGCCACUGGUUCCGCAAAACCGGACAGCUUGUCGACGUCAGCGAGCAGAACCUGGUAGACUGCACCAAGGAUCUGGGCAACGAUGGCUGCACGGGGGGACUCAUGAAUCCGGCUUUCGAAUACGUCAGGCAAAAUGACGGCGUGGACUCUGAGGAAUCCUAUCCUUACGAAGGCACGGACAAUCAGCAGUGUCGAUUUAAGCCAGAAGAUGUCGUCGUUAAGUGCACAGGUUAUGUGGACAUAGCCGAGGGCGAUGAGCAAGGCUUAGAAAUCGCUAUAGCCACCCUGGGGCCGGUAACGGCCGCUAUAGAUGCGAGCAAGGAUGGGUUUCAGUUUUACUCCGACGGAGUCUACUACGAUCCAGACUGCGGCAGCCGGCAAGAAGAUAUGAAUCACGCCGUUCUCAUUGUCGGUUACGGUCAGGAACCCAACGGUCAAAAGUAUUGGCUGGUCAAAAAUUCCUACGGGCCACAAUGGGGCGUCGGCGGUUACGUGAAAAUGGCCAAGGAUGCCAACAACCACUGUGGCAUUGCUAAUCAGGCCAGCUACCCGUUAGUUUAGCUGAAUAUGGAUAUGGGUUUAGAUAUAAUAAUAAAAGAAGUACAACAGCGAAUCCUUAAUAUUAUUACUUAACAAAUAACUUAUCUCUCAAUAGGCAGAAAAAAUAUCCAAUGUUCUCGGUCAAUGACUAUCUAAACCCUCAUCGUAUUGUAAUUCGUUUUUGAUGCUUGCGUAAGUGCCACUCAACAUACUGCCAAAAACAAUGAAACUAUGAAAAUUUCUUAAAUAAACAGAAAAAAUUGUCAUCAUUUUAUUUUUUCAU